AUGCAACAAGUUGAAGCAAGUGAAGUUCAAGGCAGUAGUACAUUAUGUUUACUUGCAUUGGAUAAACAAGAACAUACAUUAACAUCAUUAAAUAUUGGUGAUAGUGGAUUUGUUAUUUAUCGUAAUAAUGAAAUAUAUUGUCGAUCAACAUGUACAAUGAGUUCAAAUGGUUGUGGACCGAGACAAUUAUUUGUUCUUAAUGAUUCAAUUGGUUUAUCUUAUUCUAUGCAUGAAACUAAAUUUCUACAAGAUUGUUCAUUAGAUAAUAUUAAAGUUCGAAAAGGUGAUAUUAUUAUAUUAUCUUCUGAUGGUUUAUGGGAUGUAAUUGAAUCUGAUCAAUUACAAAAAGUUGUUGAACGUAACAAAAAUAAACAUCUUCAAAAUUUAGCUGAUGAUCUUCUUAAACAAGCAGUUGAUGGAUAUAUUAUUGAUGGUCGAGAUGAUAUUUUAAUCAUUGUCUGUCGAGUUGAUGAAUUAUGA